UAUAUCCCGGGACACAGCCCCCAAAACAGCUGCUGAAACGCCAGAGAGCAGAGUGAGGGGGGAGUGUCUGCAGUUCCACACAGGCUGCAAGCGUGAAGAGAUCUCAGAACGUUGGGAAAUUAGAGCACACUCGCAUGGAACAGACAGGAGGAGGAAAGACAGCUCUCAAGAUUCCAGCCAAGGCUAUCAACAGCAGGUUAUUCCUGGGGCAUGUGCAAUGAGCAGCGACAGAUACCUGUGGGGGAGACAGUGACCGGUGGACAAUUAUUUCCAGGAUACAAAGUCCAGGACAAAGUGGGGCUGACCAUUCCUGGUACAUUAUUACCCCGUGUCUGCUGCAACUUUGCUGUUGCUUCUGUGUGUUCCUAUGCAGCUGAACCAUGUCUGUCUGCUAGCACAAGCAGGUUUUAUCUGUGAACAGAAACUGCCUUGGGGUUGAUCCAUUUGAAGGGAGUUAUGCAGCUCUGACUUCCGUCUCAGUCACACUGCAUUAAAGCCUCAGCCUGUGUGACUAAACUUUAAAGGACACUUCCCCUCUGAGCUGCAGAUAUGGAUGUUACGGGACAGCUCUGCAAAUCUGCUCUGGCUCUGCUGCUUGGGGUGUGCAUGUGUUUAGGGAUAAGCUCCAUAGACACGGAUAGGACUGGUGACGGGAAAUGUCAGCACAUAGAAAUCCCUAUGUGCAAGGAUAUUGGUUACAACAUGACCAGAAUGCCCAAUCUGAUGGGGCAUGAGAAUCAGAAGGAGGCAGCCAUCCAGCUCCAUGAGUUUGCUCCACUGGUGGAGUAUGGCUGUCACAGCCAUCUGAAGUUCUUCCUGUGCUCACUUUAUGCUCCAAUGUGCACUGAGCAAGUUUCCACCCCUAUCCCAGCCUGCAGGGUGAUGUGUGAGCAGGCCAGGGUCAAGUGUUCCCCUAUUAUGGAACAGUUUAACUUCAAGUGGCCAGACUCUUUGGACUGUAGCAAACUACCCAACAAGAAUGACCCCAACUAUCUGUGCAUGGAAGCCCCUAACAAUGGUUCUGAUGAGGCGCCCAGGGGAUCAAGCAUACUGCCUCCAAUAUUUCGCCCGCAAAGACCCAACAGUGGCCAAGAUCUCCAGCCUAAAGAGAUCCACAGCAGAACAAACUGUGAGAACUCUGGAAAGUUUCACCAUGUUGAGAAAAGUGCAUCUUGUGCCCCUUUGUGCACAUCUGGAGUUGAUGUCUACUGGAGCAAGGAGGACAAGCAGUUUGCCUUUAUUUGGAUUGCUAUUUGGUCCAUGCUGUGCUUCUUCUCCAGCGCUUUCACAGUACUGACCUUUCUCAUAGACCCCCAGCGUUUCAAGUACCCUGAAAGGCCCAUCAUCUUCCUAUCCAUGUGUUACUGUGUCUAUUCUUUGGGAUACAUCAUUCGCCUUUUUGUUGGAGCUGACAGUAUUGCCUGUGACAGGGACAGUGGUCAGCUCUAUGUUAUCCAAGAAGGUCUGGAGAGCACAGGGUGCACAAUAGUCUUUCUUAUACUCUACUAUUUUGGUAUGGCGAGUUCAUUGUGGUGGGUGAUUUUAACCUUAACAUGGUUUCUAGCUGCCGGAAAGAAGUGGGGCCAUGAAGCCAUUGAAGCAAACAGUAGUUAUUUCCACCUGGCCGCCUGGGCUAUCCCAGCUGUGAAGACCAUUAUGAUCCUAGUGAUGAGAAGGGUGGCAGGAGAUGAGUUAACAGGGGUUUGCUAUGUAGGAAGCAUGGACGUUAAUGCUCUUACUGGGUUUGUGCUCAUCCCCUUAGCCUGUUAUCUCAUCAUAGGGACCUCUUUUAUCUUGUCUGGAUUUGUCGCUCUUUUCCACAUCAGGAAAGUGAUGAAAACUGGUGGUGAGAACACAGACAAACUGGAGAAACUUAUGGUGAGGAUAGGAGUAUUCUCUGUCUUGUACACUGUACCUGCCACAUGUGUCAUAGCCUGUUACUUCUAUGAACGACUAAAUAUGGAGUACUGGAAAAUUCUAGCCACACAAGACAAAUGCAAGCUAAACAACCAAACUAAGGUUUUGGACUGCACCAUGGCUAACUCUAUACCAGCAGUAGAAAUUUUCAUGGUGAAAAUAUUUAUGCUCUUAGUGGUGGGCAUCACUAGUGGCAUGUGGAUAUGGACCUCUAAAACUGUACAAUCCUGGCAGAAUGUUUUUAGUAAGAGAUUAAAGAAAAGGAACAGACGAAAACCUGCCAGCGUCAUCACAGCAAGUACAGGGAUCUACAAAAAAACACAACAGCCACAAAAAAUCCACCAUGGGAAGUAUGAGUCUGCCUUACCCUCUCCGACCUGUGUAUAAACACAAUUUUAAAAAAGACACUUUUGUUAUACACACUUUUAAAACCGAACCAGAAUUAUUUUUUUGUAUAAUGCACCAUAGCAUAGAAAGACAGCGGAUAAAAAAUGAUCACUUUGCAAAAUAUUAAAUAAGAAAACAAAGGUUAAUUUUUCUGGUGAUAUAGGACCUUUUACUAAGGGUCUACUUCUUGUACUAAUCUGUGGUCAGAUGUAUAAUCCCAUUUAAAUUGAUCCAAUGUACUUGUAAGUAAACUGGAUCAGCCACUGUCACCUUGUGUUUUUUAAGUAUGCACAAGUAUCAGUUAAAGUAAUAGGCGGAAAAACAAUGGUUCCCAGGCCCUUGUUAGUUUGCGGUGUCCAACGUGUAAAGGGAGUUUUAAGUCUAGCAUUAGCCUGAGGGCCACUGCUCAGACCAAGAUUAUAAUAAUCUGACAGGUGAUCAUUUGGGAAGAAAAAAAAAACAGUUUCCAAAAUUGAAAAAAAUAUAUGUUUUGUUAACUGUUUGGGUACUAGAGAGCUAGUUCAGGCAGUCUCUGUUAUAGAAACAGUGCAUUAAUAUAGUACUGUGUGAAAAACUGCAAAUGGGAAAUAAUGUGCAAUAUCUCCUCUUUUUCUUUUAAAGAAGACUACAAAAGCUUUCCAUUCAAGAGAACUACUUCUAGUCUUACUUUGUUGCUUUUUUAUGGAAAUCAGGCCAAAUGUUAUACACUGGGACUGUUUAGUUAAAAAGGGAGAUGGAUCAAUUGAAAGGGUUUAUUGACUCUUUCUAUUGUGAAACAAAUUCUACUCUGGAAUAGAUCAAACAGCACUAGAUACUGCAAAGGGAAACUUUUGUACUGUGUAUCGCUCUUUCGCUGUGCUGAACAAGCACAGUUCUGUUGUAUAUAUUUGUAAUAUAUGAUUAUUUUUAAUGCCUUACUGUUUUAUUAAGAAAAUAAAAAAUGAUAUUUAGUUUCUA